UGCUUGCAGCCCCAAGUUGCACUGCCGUAGACAUGGCGGCGAGAGUCGCACUGUCGGCCUGCAGCAGGAGGCCAGUGCCCUUUACAGGAGCCAAGAGUCAGCACAGGAAGCACUGCCGGCUGACGGUGGCAGCGACACAGGCGGCUGACGGCGGCAGCGGCACGGGCGGGAGUGGCGGCAGCAGCAGCGAAGUGGCCGACCAGCGGCAGCAGCAGGAGGUGCAGCCGCCGCGACGGCGCGAACUGUUGCUCAGCAGUGUGCAGCUGGCUGUCCUGGGAGCGAUGCCAGGGUCUGAGGAUGGCCGCACCAUCCUGAACAGCGUCCUGGGUGCUUAUGGACUGCCUCAGCUCAAAGCCACGCCCGGCUUCCGUGUGUUUGACGAUCCGGAGGAGCCCUUCACGUUCGACUACCCUGCCUCCUGGGUGCGUCGCAAGAACACGCUGCGGCAGGGCAUCAUCAUUUCAGACUUCAACACCGCGGACAAGAUGAGCCUGGAGGUGUUCCCCCAGCCGCCCGCGGGCGCCUCGCUGGCCGAGGCGGCCGUGCUCAAGCUCAUCAACCCGGCCGCCGAGGUGGGCGGCAACUCGCGGCUGGAGCUGCCCCCCGCGUCGCGCAUCCGGAGCGAGGCCAGGGAGCUGGGUGGCAAGGCCUACACCUACCUGGCCUUCCCCUCGGAGACCAUCACCCGCAGCGGCUACCAGGUGCGGCGCAGGCACGUGGCGGUGGCGGCGACGCGGCGCGGCUCGGUGUACGUGCUGGGCUGCAGCGCGCGCAGCGACCAGUAUGAUGCCGCCAAGGAGCGGCUCUUCCAGCAUGUGGUGGACAGCUUCCGCCUGCUGUAG